GUCAUAAUAUCGAGCUAAAAACCUAAACGCGAGCUCGUCUCGUUUGUGUGUCACCGGGCAGUGAAGCUGAAGCAACCCCCAAAACGAUGUCCGUUUGGUGCGGCAGGAUCAGCGUCCCCGCCCUCUCCUCCCACCUGCAUUCCUUCGGUCACCGACGCCGCCGCUCCCUCCCCUUCCUCCUCAAACACCUGACCACCGCCACCACUCUAACAAAAGCCACUGCACUCCCGCCGGAACGGAACGGCGAAACCCCACCCACUUCCACCUACGGCACCACCUUCCUCUCCUCCCCUACUCUCCAGAACCUCUCUCCUCGCCAGAAGGACCAAAUCUCCCUCUACGUCAGCACCCUGCUCCAAUGGAACCAACGAAUGAACCUGACGGCGGUGACGGAGGAGAGAGAGGUGAUGACGAGGCACGUGGAAGAUUCCCUCGCUAUCCUCCCUCCAUUGCAGCGGUCUUAUCUCUCUCACUGCUCUAGCUCUUCUUCUUCUUCUUCUUGUGACGGCCUCAACCUCGUAGAUGUUGGUUCGGGCCCCGGUCUCCCCGGACUAAUUUUUGCUAUUGCCUGCCCUAGUUGGAAAGUUACUUUAUUGGAAUCCAUGCAUAAAAGGUGCUUAUUCUUGGAGCAUAUUGUUGAUCUUACUGGGUUGUCAAACGUGCAAAUCUUACGUGAAAGAGCAGAGAAUGUGGGCCAGUGUCUUGAUUUCAGGGAGUUAUUUGAUGUGGCAGUGGCAAGAGCUGUUGCAGAAAUGAGAAUUUUAGCUGAAUACUGUCUUCCCUUGGUUCGAGUUGGUGGCUUAUUUGUAGCUGCUAAAGGUUAUCAUCCUCAGGAAGAAGUAAAAGUUGCAGAGAAUGCAAUUCGGUUGAUGGGUGCUUCAAUAUUGGAAUUGUCUACAGUGGAAUCACAUGGGCCUCUUGGACAACGAACUGUUGUUAUCUGUUUGAAAGAUCGUGCGACGCCUAGAAAGUAUCCUCGUCAUCCAGGUGUUCCCUCAAAGAUGCCACUAUGAAUAGGCCCUUAGCAAACAUUUGACUUUGAUAAAUUCUCAAAAUACAACCGGCGAGCUGAAAGAAACAUCGGAAGGUUCACUCUUGGUGGCGCAGCCCAUGUUGUGAGGAAGUAAAUGGGGGAGAACAAGCUUGCUAAUAGAUAGCUUGGUCAAGACUAGAGGGACACGCAUAGGUGGAGCAAAGUAGAGACAUUUUUAUUUUCCGGUGCAAUUUAAGAAUUGCUGUGGAGAAAGAAACGAAGAAAGCAAUUGUCAUGAAUAAUGUUGAUGUUGGUCGGCCAGCAUCAUGCGUGCACAAACGGGCACUCAAAAGCAUUUUUCCGUUCGCAGCUUUUCUUGUAUAUGUGUUAUGCGACAUUGAGAUGAUCAAUCCAAGUUGUGUAAGAUUAUCUGGGAAUAGAUAAAAGUCAUUGGCAUAUGAUACAAAAUUUAAAAUUUUGAAAAUAUUAUUUUUGCUUAGAUAAAUAAUACAAACAUUCCAUAACUUCUUUAUUUCCUAUACCGAUUGAUCAAUUACCUUUGUUUUUUUUUUAUUAGAACAUAAUGCGAGAUUGAUGGCAAAAAUUGAUUG